AUGGAGAGGAGAGGUAGGGGAGGGCAAGAGACACGACGGUGGAAUAUCAAAGAGAAGCCGCCGGAAGUCAGAGACAAAACAAAGGAAGAUGAAGAAUGGGAAAAGGUGAGAAAAAAGAAAGGAGCAGGGGAGAUUGAUGAAGAGCCUAGCACUACAAUCCUUCUAGCAAACUUGCCCGAAGGUGUGUCCAGGAAAGAGAUAUGGCUGGAAUGCAGGCGUUAUGGUAAUAUCACCGACGUUUUUCUACCGUUCAAAAGAGAUUUAAAAGGGAAGAGAUUUGCGUUUGUAAGGUUUAACAAGUAUCGGGACCUUGUCAAACUAGUCCAAGCCCUAAACAAUAUUUGGAUUGGAGAUAGAAAGGUUAAAGCAAAUGUAUCAAAAUCUGAGAGGGAGGAAGAGAAGGAAACCAGAGGAGUCAAGAGUCGGAAAGAAGGGACAUGGACUAAAUGGCCGGUGAACAAAACAGUACUAAAACCAGAAAAUGAGCUAACAAGAAGACAGGAGGAAGGAAGUAUACAAGAUGGAGCUCAAGGCAGGGUAGGAGGAAGAAAGUCAUACUUGGAUGCGUUGAGAGGAAACAGGGAGAAAACAUGGGGGAAAUGUUGGUUCUGCCGAAUAACUACGAAGAAAAUACAGAAGAAUGGAGCAAGAGAAUGA